AUGAAGGUGUUCAUCUUUUUCUUGCUAGUAACGGCCACUUCCGGGCAAACAGUUCGUAUCAAAGUUAAGCUUGGCGACCCCUACAUCCUGGACAUUCCGGGGGCCAAAAAGUUCAUGCGUGAGCUUGCCUCCGGUGAGCAGCAGCUCUUCAAGAUAUGUGAGGAUGAGACGGAGCGGAGUCUGAAGUGCACGCAUUGGACAGAUAAGAAAGAAAAUCUCUUGCCUCUGACUUCCCCAAUACACGCUUAUAAAAAUGGCACGUUGGUGGUGGAGAAGCUGACGUUGGAUGAUGUGGCGGUGUAUUGGAGUCCGGAUGUGGAGAUGAUUGUCACAGAGCGCUUCGAAGAUGGCGCUCCAAUGGCCGUCAUGCCGGGAACGAUGGUUGCCCUGUUCCUCGAGAAA